AUGUCUGGACGUGUUAAAGGAGAAAAGGCGAAGAGUGGCAAGAGCCAAACCCGCUCAUCAAGGGCUGGUUUACAGUUUCCUGUAGGCCGUAUCCACAGAUUUCUGAGAAAGGGCAACUACUCUAACCGUCUCGGUGCCGGAGCUCCCGUUUACCUGGCCGCUGUGAUGGAAUACUUGACCGCUGAGGUGUUGGAGCUGGCUGGAAACGCUGCCCGAGACAACAAAAGAAGGACCAUCAUCCCUCGUCACCUGCUGCUGGCCGUUCGCAACGACGAAUGGGCCACCUUUCUAAUUGUUGUUGAAAGCAGCUGGCUGCAUGUCAUAACUGUUUCUAAAGUGACUAAAGAUCAGCAAAUUUCCAACACGGGUGUAAAGCUUUCCUUUUGUCUUCCACCGGUGGCCAAACCAAGAAGAAAUGAAGACUUCAGACAGAAGACCUUCAACGUCAAACAUGACAUAGUUGACACAACUUUCAGUCUUCCGAGAACCCAUGUCACAUCAAAACCCUCAAUGCAGCAGACAGUUCCAAAACUAACUAAACCCCAGGAAACUUUCAACAUGGAUGUACUUCCGCUUCGUCUCCCACCGCUGGCAUACCCAGGAAGAAAUGGAGAGCUCAGACAGAAAAUCUUCAACGUCAGACAUAACCUAGUUAACACGAAGUUCCCUCUGCCGAAAAUCCAUGCUACACUAAAACCCGCCACACCCAUCACGCAAGAGCAGAAAGGAAAUAUCAAGGCCUCUAGGGAAGAACUAAAACUGAAACUAGCAGAAAAACUUCUUCGUGAAACUAAGAGAGCAGGAGAGUUAAGAUAUCAUCAGAUGGAGGAUGAAAGGUAUUUGGAACACCUGAGGAAAAACUGGGCAGAUGUCAAGAAGGAAACCGACAAAGCGAUGGCAAAAAUAACCGGAAUCUCUGCCAGGAACGACGAAGUGCGCGAGGCGCUGAAACGACAGAACAGAGACAUGGCAGAUCUAAAGCGGAAGUACUCCAUCAAGAUGUACCGCAGUCAGCGUCUGAAGGAUGCCUGUGCCAGGCUGGAGGCAGAAAUGGCGAGAGAAAUGUCACUGCAGGUCACCAGAAAGUUGGACAAAAUGCUGGAUAAUAAGUUGGAUGUCUUUACGGAUAAUGUAAACCAGAACAGUUCUGACAAAACCAGUAGAAGAAUGGAGGAGGUCAAAGCAAGAGGCUUUUUUGCCUGUCAUGCCUAACACCUCAACAAGACAUCAUCCAGCAUCGCUACAAGUGGAGGUGGCAUCUAAAGAUGGAAGUGGCUUCCAUAAAUUCAUUGGCAGGAUGUUGAAUGGUAGGAAA